AUGGUCGGACUCGCAUCAGCAGCAGGCCUCAUCGGCUAUCUGCAGGAGCCAGAACCAGAGUUGAGAUCGUUCGCCCUCAAGCAGCUAGACAACCAAGUCGAUCUGCUAUGGACUGAGAUCGCUGGCUCGGUUGGUGAUAUAGAAGCUCUGUACGAAGAUGAAUCCUUUCCAGACCGACCCUUGGCAGCAAUCGUUGCCUCAAAAGUCUACUACCAUCUACAGGAAUACAACGAAAGCAUGGCUUUUGCAUUAGGAGCAGGAAAAUACUUCAAACUUGACAGAGCCGGUGAAUUUGAAGAUACCAUAAUUUCCAAAUGCAUCGACACUUUUAUCGCCCUGUCCGCCAGUCGUGACCCAACCUUAAUCGCCGCCUCCCAGCCAGGAGAUCAGCUCGAAAAGACUUUCUCCCAGACCGAAGGUGCAGCUAGCAUGUCUGCAAGCCUGACCUCGCCCGUCACUCCCUUUUCACAGUCCGUACUACCCUCUAAAUCGUUGCUGAGCCGACAAAACACAACCACCCUUGACCCGACUCAAGGCACUUCCGCCGGCCCACAAGGAUCUCCCGAGUCUAUAAUCCAGCAAAGAGGGCUACAAAAGCAGUUGAAUGCAGUAAUUGAGAGACUCUUCGAGAAAUGUUUCCAGGAGAAGAGGUAUAGACAAGUUGUGGGCAUCGCUGUCGAAGCAAGGAACCUCGAUAUCUUGAAAAGAGUCAUCCUUCGUGCGUCGCAGGAUGAGAAGAAUGCUAGAGGUGACGCCACAAAGGCUGGCGAAGAGCUGAUGGACUACGUUUUGGACAUCUGUAUGAGUGUCGUGCAAGAAAGAGCUUUACGCAACGAAAUCCUCAAGCUCAUCCUCGAGCUUCUCAACGACAUACCCUCUCCCGAUUACUUCGCCAUUGCCAAAUGUGUCGUCUACCUAGACCAACACUCCUUGGCUUCAGACAUUCUGCGGAAAUUGGUCGAGAAUGGUGAUGCUCGUUCCCUGGCUGUAGCUUACCAAAUCUCCUUCGACCUUUACGACAACAGCACCCAGGAGUUCCUAAGAAAGGUGCGUGAAGAGCUGGCAGACAUGAUGCCAGAAGAUAAGCAGGAAGGUCAAUCGGCUGUUACCAUGGACGAAGAUGCUACUGCUGCAGAGCAAGCCGAAGAACAACUACAACAAGAACUGCAAGAAUCAGCUGGUGCCUCCAAGCCAGAACCCAACCAUGUCAAGGGUGAAGAGCAGCAGGAAGCCCUCAGAUCGUGUCGAGAGAUUCUUGACGGCCUAAAGUCCAUACAUCUGAAUAUCGAGUUCCUCAACAAAUCAAAUCGAGUCGACUUGUCCAUCUUAAAUAAGAUCAAGGACAGCUUGGAGGCCCGAAACUCCAUUUAUCACCAAGCAACAACCCUGGCUACAGGUUUCAUGCACGCCAAAACUGCCAAUGACAAAUUCUUCCGCGACAAUCUUGAAUGGUUGGGCAAAGCUAUAAACUGGUCCAAAUUUACGGCCACUGCUGCUCUUGGUGUCAUCCACCAAGGUAAUAUCAACCAUGUCGACCGGCUGCUCAGCCCAUACUUGCCCAAAACUUCCUCUGGUGGACCACUGCAAGGCUCUGCAUACAGCCAAGGUGGCUCUUUGUACGCAUACGGCUUAAUAUGUGCAAAUCAUAAGGGUAAAGCGGUUGACUUUAUUCGAGGCAAGUUCAAGGAAAACUCGGAUGAGAUUGUGCAGCAUGGUGGUGCUCUCGGCCUAGGUGUCGCGGGUAUGGCACUUGGCGACCAAUCGCUUUAUGAUGAUCUAAAACAAGUCCUCUACUCCGAUUCUGCUAUCAAUGGUGAAGCUGUCGGUCUGUCCAUGGGCCUGGUUAUGCUUGGAUCUGGUAACGUCUCUGCACUUUCGGAUAUGGUACAAUACGCUCACGACACUCAACACGACAAGAUUGUUCGAGGUCUUGCAAUGGGCAUGGCUAUGAUCAUGUAUGGUCGCCAAGAAGGCGCUGAUGAGGUUAUACAAGGUCUACUAAAUGAUCCGGAUCCAAGUCUCAGGUACGGCGGUAUCCUUACUAUCGCUAUGGCCUAUGUCGGUACGGGCAGUAACAAGGCUGUCCGAAAAUUGUUGCAUGUCGCCGUCAGUGAUGUCAGUGAUGAUGUGAGGAGAAUCGCUGUCCUCAGCUUGGGCUUCAUUCUCUUCCGGAAGUACACCAGUGUCCCACGUAUGGUUGAAUUGCUGGCCGAAUCCUAUAACCCACAUGUCAGAUAUGGCGCAGCAAUGGCGCUCGGUAUCUCCUGUGCUGGCACAGGUCUCGAGGAGGCUAUUGACCUUCUCGAGCCAAUGCUCAAAGAUCCAACCGAUUUUGUACGACAGGGUGCCCUUAUCGCCCUGGCUAUGAUUCUUGUACAGCAGAACGAUGCCCUCAAUCCAAAGGUGAGCGAAAUUCGAAAGAAGAUGGCCAAGAUUAUUGGCGAUAGACACGAAGACGCCAUGUGCAAGUUUGGCUGUGCAAUGGCACUUGGUAUCAUCGACGCUGGUGGCAGAAAUUGUACCAUCAGCUUGCAGACACAAACAGGCAACUUGAACAUGCCUGGUAUCAUCGGCAUGGCAGUGUUCACACAAUACUGGUAUUGGUUCCCGCUUGCUCAUUUCCUGUCGCUGUCUUUUACACCUACGGCUAUCAUUGGCAUUGACCAGAAGCUUGAAGUACCAGCAUUCAAAUUUCACACCAACACUAAACCAAGCCUAUUCGACUAUCCACCCGAGGAGACAACCAAGGUCGACGCUGGACCUGAAAAAGUGAAGACUGCAGUCCUAUCCACAACUGCUCAAGCCAAACGCCGAGCUGCCAAGAAGGAAAAGGAGAAGACGACCGACAGUAUGGACGUUGAUGAACCUGCACCUACUACACCAAGGCCCGAGAAGUCUGACACGAAGGACAAGACGGAGGGGGACGACGACAAGAAAGAUGACCACGCCGAUACCACAGCCGACGAGAAGAAGGAAGACGAAGAGAAGAAAGAAAAGCAAAUCAAGAAGGAAAAGGUUGGCUACGAACUUUCCAACAUGUCCAGAGUAUUACCAGCCCAGUUGAAAUACCUCUCUUUCCCAGACAGCCGAUACCAGCCAGUGAAGAAGCCACUCACUGGAGGUGUGGUCGUAGUUCUGGAUACAGAGGCUGGUAAAGCGAGAGACACAAUUCCCUUGACGGUCAGCAAAAAGGCUGUUGCGCCUGCACCAACCGUGCAAAAUACUGCUGGUACUGGGACUGGGGCACCACAGACUCCUGCUAGAGGCAUAGGAGAACAAACGGUGGGUGCCGGUGCAGCUGCCGCGGCAGCUGUUCUCACUGCAGUGGACGAGGAUGAAGAGGGUGGCGAAGAGGCCGAAGUACCUAACGAAUUUGAUUACGAAAGUUCAGGUGAAGGCAAUGACUCUUAG